GUGAAAACCCUGGACCCUAACACGUGGUACCAGUUCAGGAUAAUAGCAGUUAAUGAGCAGGGGCAGUCCCCCCCUAGCCUCCCCUCAGACAGGGUCAGGACUGUCAAGACUAAAGGGUGGAUGUCACCUGUUACUAAGAAACGGUUUCUAUUGGAGACUGACACUGCCAGUGAUGAUGUUGAUGGGCGGAGUCUUAUGCCACCUGUUGAUGAUUUGUCCCGUACCUCCUCAGCAGUGGUCCUGGAGACUAACGACUCCUUCAUAAGACAAGACUCUGUUCAUAGUAACUAUGAACUCCUCUCUGGGGAACUGGGAAGAGGUAGGUUUGGAAUAGUUCGGAGUUGUGUGAGUAAGGUCACUGGGUCAGCUGCUGCUGCCAAGUACCUCAAGGAGAGUCAUGACGUGCUUCAAGAAGUGAAGAUAUUGCGUAAUUUGUCAUCAGGCCCCUCCCCCUCACCUCAUGUAAUAUUAUUCAUUGAUGCACUCAUUACUGAUGAGAAUAUAGUCAUCAUUACUGAAGUUGCUGAUGGGGGUCAGCUAAUAGAUUACAUUCUAAGGAUGUACAACAGUUUAAACGAACUAUUGAUAGUUGAAUACGUGAAGCAGCUCCUCUCUGCCCUGGACUAUAUUCAUGAAAGACAAAUAGUUCAUCUUGAUGUCAAGCCUGAGAAUCUAUUAAUAGCAUCAGAGGUGGCUCCUAUACUCAAGUUAACUGAUUUUGGUUCUGCUCAGGAGGUUCCUUAUGCUGGUCUAUCAGUUAGACCAGACUUGAUAGAGUUCUCUUCUCCUGAGGUUGUGUUUGACGAUAAUGUCACCAAAUGCACUGACCUCUGGAGCACAGGUGUAAUCACAUAUCUACUUUUGUCAGGUGUGUCUCCAUUUUUUCACGAGUAUCCAUCAGUUAGUUCCCAGAGGUUAAGCAGAGCCCAAUAUGAUCUAUCACUCCAACUCUUCCACUCAACUUCACCUCAAGCUAUUGACUUCAUUUCAGCUUUACUGAAGAAACAACCAGCGGAAAGACUGACAGCUGCUAGUGCUUUGGAACACCAGUGGAUAAAAAGCUGCACAUCAGAUAAACAGAUUACUGACAUCAGCCUCUCAAGAUUAACUGUCUUUCAGGCAAGGAGAAAGCUACAGGUCCAAUCAAAAGCAGUCAAGACAACAGUGAUAUUCAACCCAAGCCAAACUAGACCACAAUCUAUUGGCAAUGAGUCUGAUACUGCUGAUACUAUUGCUGAAUCAGCUCCAUUGUUUGAAGGAGGUACAGAAGAGAUUCAGGCUCCAGUGGGUGCGUCAGUGACCAUAGAGUGGGAUUACACUGGUCUACCGGCUCCCUCCGUUCAAUGGGAACACAACGAGAGAGCAGUGGUGCCCUCCCGGCGGGUACAGAUGUCUACAAUACAGGGAGUCACUAGACUGAGUAUUGUUGAACUGGUAAAGGCUGAUGAAGGGACCUAUACUUGUUGUAUAUUGAAUAGUCUUGGUAGUGACAUUAGGAACUGUGCAUUGAUAGUCAUUGAUAAACCAGCUCCUCCUUCCAGUGUAUCUGGUGUAUUGCUGGGUAGUUCUACUUCAGUUCUUGUCUCAUGGCUCCCUCCCAUUAAUGAUGGUCAUUCUCCUAUUCUUCAUUACUCUCUUGACACAAGACUAGUUGAUGAUACUGACUGGUCUCUUGUUCAAGAGAGAAUCGAUGGAGCAGCUUAUGUAGUUGAUGACCUUCUUCCAGGGAAGAGCUACUUAUUCAGAGUAUCAUCAACUAACGUCAUUGGCACCAGCCAGUUCAGUAAACCUUCAUCACCAAUACUCAUCACCAAUGACGAUUAUUCCCCUCCUGGUUCAAGCCCUCUAGUAACUGAUCUUCAAGUUCGUUCAUCUGAUUUUAAUUUAGAAUACGAAAUAAUUAAUGAAAUUGGAAGAGGUUCAUUCUCUGUGGUUUAUGAGUGUACUGAACUUACUACUGAUAGACCUUUUGCUGCUAAAUUCAUUAAAUGUUCAAAUGAUGAUCAGUUCUCGGUGGCUUUGAGAGAAUUUGAAAUGAUCAAAAACGUGACUCAUCCAAGAAUUGCCAGCCUUGAGGAUGCUUUCCGAUCAGAGAAUCAUGUCAUACUGGUACUCCAAUAUGUGCCCGGUGGUGACUUAUUCAAUUAUAUUACCAGUAGUGGCCCUAUUGAUGAGAGACAGUCAGCCAGGUACAUCAGACACAUCCUGGAAGGACUGGAGUAUCUUCACAAUAGGAAUAUAUUAUUAAUCAACAUUGCACCGGAGAACCUGGUCCUUGGUGUCGGGUUACAGGAAGUUAAGAUUAUUGAUUUCUCUCAUUCAAAGUAUCUUCACUCAAACCCACAGCUGGAGAUUUUACCGCAACAGAUUAACUACUUAUGUAUGUGUACAAGUACAUGUAUUUUUAUUUAUUUAUUUAAUUCAUUUAAAUUAGCUCCUGAAGCUUUGCAAUGUAGUCCAUUAGCUUUAUCUACUGACUUAUGGAGUGUGGGGGCGGUGGCUUUAUUUAUGUUGUCUGGUCAGUGUCCGUUUGUAUCAGACACAAGGGAUCAACUAAUUAAUAAUAUUCAUACUCUUAAUAUUAAUUAUAAAAUAAAUCCAAUUAUUCAGAGACUCUCCCUAGAUUGCACUAACAUGAUAUUUGAUGGAUUAUUACUAACCAAUGAAAGUAAACGUUUGAGCAGUCACCAGUGUCAGAGACACAGGUGGUUGCAGGCGGGGGUCAGUAGCACUGCCCUAGUGCCCCAACUACAGAGCAUGAACACAAUGGAACAGGUUCAGUACUUUAUGGAUAAAUAUCCAACACAUUUUCAUUCUAACUCUGAUCCAAUUUAAUACAUAUCAAUAAUUAUCAUUAUUAUUAUUAUUAAUUAAUGACACUAUCGUAUUAUCACAUGCAGUAAAUUUUAUCGAUUUUUUAAUCACUUUUAAAGCUUUAAUUGAUUUUAUUAUAA